UCCGGCGUCCCCGCCCCCCAGUCCUCCUCCCCUCCCCUGCAGCAUGGUGCUCGCGGCCCCGCUGCUGCUGGGCUUCCUGCUCCUCGCCCUGGAGCUGCGGCCCCGGGGGGAGGCGGCCGAGGGCCCCGCGGCGGCGGUGGCGGCAGCGGCGGCGGCGGCGGCCGGGGUCGGGGGGGAGCGCUCGAGCCGGCCGGCCCCGUCCGCUGCGCCGGAGCCGGACGGCUGCCCCGUCUGCGUGUGGCGGCAGCACAGCCGCGAGCUGCGCCUGGAGAGCAUCAAGUCGCAGAUCCUGAGCAAACUGCGGCUCAAGGAGGCGCCCAACAUCAGCCGGGAGGUGGUGAAGCAGCUGCUGCCUAAGGCGCCGCCGCUGCAGCAGAUCCUGGAUCUGCACGACUUCCAAGGCGACGCGCUGCAACCCGAGGACUUCUUGGAAGAGGACGAGUACCACGCUACCACGGAGACGGUCAUAAGCAUGGCCCAGGAGACGGACCCUGCAGUGCAGACAGAUGGCAGCCCUCUCUGUUGCCAUUUCCACUUCAGCCCCAAGGUGAUGUUCACAAAGGUACUGAAGGCCCAGCUGUGGGUGUACCUUCGGCCUGUGCCCCGCCCAGCCACAGUCUACCUGCAGAUCUUGCGACUGAAACCCCUAACUGGGGAAGGGACCGCAGGGGGAGGGGGUGGAGGCCGGCGUCACAUCCGUAUCCGUUCACUAAAGAUUGAGCUACAUUCACGGUCCGGCCACUGGCAGAGCAUCGACUUCAAGCAAGUGCUACACAGCUGGUUUCGCCAGCCACAGAGCAACUGGGGCAUCGAGAUCAACGCCUUUGAUCCCAGUGGCACAGACCUGGCUGUCACUUCCCUUGGGCCAGGAGCUGAGGGGCUGCAUCCUUUCAUGGAGCUUCGAGUCCUAGAGAACACAAAAAGGUCCCGGCGGAACCUAGGCCUGGACUGUGAUGAACACUCGAGUGAGUCCCGCUGCUGCCGAUACCCUCUCACGGUGGACUUUGAGGCUUUUGGCUGGGACUGGAUCAUCGCACCUAAACGCUACAAGGCCAACUACUGCUCCGGCCAGUGCGAGUACAUGUUCAUGCAAAAGUAUCCACACACCCACUUGGUGCAACAGGCCAAUCCAAGAGGCUCCGCUGGGCCCUGCUGCACCCCUACCAAGAUGUCCCCAAUCAACAUGCUCUACUUCAAUGACAAGCAGCAGAUUAUCUACGGCAAGAUCCCUGGCAUGGUGGUGGAUCGCUGUGGCUGCUCCUAAGGUGUGGGCUACAGUGGAUGCCUCCCUCAUAGACCCUCCCCCAAGACCCCAGCCCUGGUCCCCAUUCCCCCAAGCCCUAGAGUGCCCUCCACCUCUUCCCAUGAACAUCACACCUUGUUCCCUGACCAAGCAGUGUGCAAUACAACAGAGGGAGGCAGGUGGGGAUGGAGGGUGAGGGCUGGGAGAAAGGAAGGGCAGUCAGGGUGGAAUGUACCUGAGAUUUGCAGGUGAGAAGGCUUGGCAAGAAGACAAGAGAUGUAGAGACAGAGGAAGAAGAUGGAAGGAUAGAGACAGAGGAGCAAACAGAGCAACACUGAGAAGGCAAAGGAAUAGAGGCUAAAGACAGACAAGGAGAAAGAGACUGAAAUGGGAGUAAAAUGAAAGCCCUUCCCCAAGCCUCCUUUCUUCUACCAGCAAGGUGAGGCUUGAUAUAGAUUGGGGAGUUCCCCUGACAACUCAGUAGGAGUAAAUCAGAAGUCCAUUUUUAGCUUCUUCCCUCUCUCCUUCCAACAGUAGCCAGAAGUGGAGUAAGGAUGGGGCAAAGGAAGGACCUGGGAAUUUUUUUAUUUAUUUAUUUAUUGUGACUUUUUUUUUUUUUUUGGUAUUUGGCUUUACUGGAAUAGGAGGGACCCUGCCCACUGUGCCCCAUUGGUCCCUUACUCCCCAAACCCUGCUCUCCCCAACACCAACCUCCUUAAGCACUUGUAUUAAGCCUCCAGGGUUGGGAAUGGGAGUAAAGGGCAAGAGGGUGGACACAUGGAAGCUUCGAACCCAUAAUCACCCUAACCAACCUUCUUGAGCCAAACGGGUUGAGCUGAGUGGUCAUGGAAACAGAAAAAAGUUCAGACUUAAGAGCUGGGGGGAGGGGAACCUCAACAUCCAGAUCUAUGAGAACUACUAAACUACCCCUCAGGCCUACCUUGGUUGUGGUACUAUUAGCCAGAGGGCACGGCCUGCUUAUCCCCAAUCCCUCUCAGCCAAGAGACCAAAGAGCCUGUGGAAUGCCCCUGCUCUCAGCCUCCAUCUUCAGGUCAAUAAAAAUUAGAGAUCCCAGAGUCCCCCCAGGUCUGGGAAGGGUUAAGGGUCAAAAGAAUAGUAACGAGGCUGAAGGCUAUAGGGCAUCUGAAUCCAAAUCACUGCUCUAGGCUAGGGAGUACAGCCAGCAGACCAAGUGGAUGGGAUUCUGAAGGGGACAUUUUAGUCCCCAACCCCAAAGCUCAGGGUGGAAGAAGGGAGAACAAGGGAGAAGAGUGUCUAUAAUUUUAUCUUUUAUUUUUGGAAUAUAGCAGUACCUGACAGCAGGGAUGGGACAGUACAGGCAUGUGACAAGGCCAGUUACAGCAGAGGAUGGGAGGAUGGAGAAUCCUUGGUUGGGAAGGCUUAGGAAACAGGCAAGCAAUUAGCUGCCACUUCAAGUCACUACCUGGGCCCAUUCAUUCCUCCCACAAUCCGACCCACCCUCCUCUGGACUCACUGUGCCUCAGUUUCUUCCCCUUGAUGGAAUGAGAAACAGCAGCACCCGCCACAGCCACGAGAUGAAUUCUGAGCACUUACCACGGGCACUUUAUGGACAUAAAAUACCUCUCGCUGUGGGACUAGAUAACCAGGGCACCACAAUGGUGGUGAAGAGAUGUGAGGCUCAAAGGAGUCAGGCUUCAGAGCACAAGUACCCUCUGCCUCUCAGCUGGACAAUGCCUGAAUUGAAGGAGUUGAAAUCUCCACACCCUAACCAUACCUCACCUGUGGCCUCUUGGCUCCAGACAAGAUCUUGAGAGGAUGGGGGAAGAGAGGGAGAUUACAGCAAUAUGAUCAUGAAUAGAGCCAGACAUGACAUAGAAAAGUACUGAACCAAGGUCUGUGCUUCCUGAGAUCAUGCUUCUCUCACUUGGGCCAGCCCAUAGGAAGGACAAAGGUGUGUGACUAUCCUUGGUACCUAACUCCUAUCUCACAGAGAAAAGGAGGUGUCUCCUACAAGGAAUGGACAAGGCUGUCAAGCCUUUCAACUCACUUCCCAUGUAGUAGCUGUUAGUCCCAAGCCUCUCUCUGGCCCUGUUCUUCAUCUCUUUUUCUACCCCAUCUUAAAGAACAAGACACAUUUGACCAUCACCACCAACCACACUUCUUGGUGGAGGAGAGCAAUAGAAAGCAGCGAGAAGAUGCUUUCCUCCUAGGUCAAAUGUCUAUUGAUCUUGGAAAAGGUAAGGGUCGGAUAAUUAGGUUAUCAGGUCAACUUCUCUACUAUAGUUUAGAGAGCUGGGGCAUUAAACUUCAAAUACUGCCUCUUUAUCACCACCAAGUAAAUACCUUUCCAGGGGGAAAGGUUCUCUUAUGAAUACAAACCUGAGUUAAGCCUCAGUUUCCUGGUCUUUUCUAUCCCCUAAGAGGCUUGAGGACAUGGCCUAGCAAUUCAGCAGGAGCGGGCACUUCCCACACCUUACCUGUGUGGACUAGCCAGUGCUCCUCUGAAAGUGUCAUUCAUUAUUAGUGUAAUUCUUUGUGUAUCUGUUACACCAUGUGUGUGAUUGCCUUUGUUUGUUAAGGGUGUUUGAGGAGUAUUGGGCUGACAGGGGCACUGGGAUGCCAGGAAAGGACUUCUUCACUGACAUCAAGGUUUAGGAAGGAACCAUUGCAAAAGGCCAUCGGGCAGUUUUCAAGUUAUGUGACAGAGGGCAAAGAUGGCCAUAGGGUGCUCUGAGUUUUGGAACGGUCACAUGACACAAUCCAGCACUUGAACCUGAAAAAAGAAAAAUAAAAGCAAAGAGUUUAGAAUUCAGUGGUGAGCUCUUCUCCCUGAGUGUCACGUUUGUACCCGCGAGACUAGAACUAGAGAGGCUUUGAGAGAACAACAAACCAUCUCAGAUGAGUUCACUGAGGGCACUGGGGGUGAUGACAAGAUGGACAGACACUGGGAAAGGGAGAUGACUUAAGAGUUCUUCAGAGGGCUGGACAUAAAACAGUCCCAAAGAUCACAAAACACCUACUUGCACAGAAUGAAAAGUCUAGGCUCUGAAAUAAUCUGACAGAGUCCUCCAAUCCUGGCUGCCUUAAGAGUAUUCCCAAAAUCAAGCUGGCAGCUCCCCACCGUAGUUCUGUGUUCCAAACAUUGAAUCCACUAUAAAAGCUCCCACAUGCCCACAGCAUAAUUCCUAAGACAUUAAUCUUGCUUGAGUCACAGGAUUCAAUGUGCCACCUGGCUUUCUCUGUCCCAUUAGUUCCAUUAAGGCUUUCCUGCAAAUGAGCUAGACUAAGGGGGUCUCUUGGUCUCACAUAUAUGUGCCCCCUAAAGGAGCCAGACUGCAUUUAUAUACACGAAGGCCCAGAUUACGCCACUCACCACCCAACCCCCAUUCUUUAGCUGGAACCUGCUUGUCCAGGUGUGUGUGGAUCUCAAUUGGAUCCUAGAUCUCAAUUUUACUUUGGUAGACUUCAGGGCUAACACUAUGUAAACUCCAUCAGGAAUGUGUGCUGAGCACACGAUAACAUCACUGGAUUCUCACUGCAGCCCUCACAAUAGUUUGGAAACAGUCACAGAGCAAUUAAGUAACUUGCCAAAUCAGGAUCCAGUAGUAAGGUAGAACAAGGAAUCAAAGCCGGGUAGUUAACAUGCAAUAACAUGUUUUAAUCUAUUUAAUCUGUUGUUAAAUUAUGAGAGGUGGAAAACUGAAUUCAGGGACAACAGAAGUGAGAAAGCUGAGAAACACCUUGGGUCCAAAGGGUUGGCUGAGUGGAACCUUUUCCAGUGUCUUUCAGCUUAUGGAUGGGAGUGUGCAUAGCUGACAGUGUGUGCCUAGUGUGCAUGGAGUUCCUGCCCAGCACUACACAAAACCAGGCAUGCUGGCACAAGCCUGUAAUCCAGGUCCUUGGGAGGGAGAAGCAGAAAGAUCCUGAAAUUCAAGGCCACCCUCUGCUUGCUUCAUAGCUCAUUUGAAGUCACCCUGGGCUGUAAGACAUAAGAGACUUUGCCUCAAGAAGGGAGGUUAGAUUUUGGAGGGAUUAAUAAAUAGAAAAUAAGUACCCCUGUCGGAGGCCUUGUACAAGAGAGCAGUUAAGAAAAACUUAUUGAGUUUGGAAGUCUAGGACAGCAAAGACUACACAAAGAAACCCUGUCUAACCCUGCCCCCUUCCAGAAAGGAAGGAAGGAAGGAAGGAAGGAAGGAAGGAAGGAAGGAAGGAAGGAAGGAAGGA